UUUGAAUUUUUGGCGGGCCUGACUACAUCCAAUGGCGGGGGAGAGGGAGGCUCCUGCCUGACAAUGAGGCUGUCCAAUCAAUGCACGACGUGGCUGGAGAUAUAAACUUGUUCACUUCCCCUUUACCGUAUUCAGUGUCGUAUCGAAGAGAAGGGAACAAGCACCAUGGCCAGAACCAAGCAGACCGCUCGUAAAUCUACCGGUGGCAAAGCCCCGAGGAAGCAGCUCGCCACCAAGGCAGCCCGUAAGAGUGCGCCAGCCACCGGUGGCGUGAAGAAGCCCCAUCGUUACAGGCCCGGCACCGUGGCUCUGAGAGAGAUCCGUCGCUACCAGAAGUCGACUGAGCUGCUGAUCCGCAAGCUCCCCUUCCAGCGUCUGGUCAGAGAAAUCGCCCAGGACUUCAAGACUGACUUGCGGUUCCAGAGUUCCGCAGUGAUGGCUCUGCAGGAGGCUAGCGAAGCCUACCUGGUCGGUCUCUUCGAGGACACCAACUUGUGCGCCAUCCACGCCAAGAGGGUUACCAUCAUGCCCAAGGACAUCCAACUGGCCCGCCGCAUUCGCGGAGAGCGCGCCUAAAUGUAAUUUGACUGCAACACCCCCAAAGGCUCUUUUAAGAGCCACUUCAUUAUCUCUAUGAAAAGACCAAGUACUCCCGUUU